AGUAUCAGUGAAGCUAACAUUGCCAACGUUACAGAUAGUUGACCCAGCAUAAAGGCGUAUUACAUCACAGCUUUUACGUUUACGUCACUGACGUCAAUAGGAUUCGGAAACGUGUCACCAAAUAACAACGGCGAAAACAUAUUCUCAAUAUUUGCUGUUCUGCUUAGAUGAUGCCUUCAUGCCUUUAAUCUAUGCAAUUUAAAACAAUACGUGCGCCCCCUGGUGACAUAUUGAUACAUCCGGGUGAUAUGUUGAAGCUCUGUAUCUUAUUGCACGCGAAUCCAUGGAAAUUGUGGCAGACAUUAAUGUAAUAGUGAUACAAGCUCGACGAAGCGAGCGCUUUUACUGGCGCUGAAGGAUGACCAACACUGGACCGCAGAUGGAAGAAGAUGAGCCGACAUCUAAGGCAUUCCAAAUGUCUCUGCAGCAACCCUACAGACAUAGAUACAGCGUUCAAAGAAGGAUCAUUGAAAAGUUCCGAUGUAAAAUGGCGAAACCACAAAAAAAAAGAAAAAAAAUCCAUGCCUUGCACCUUGGCGCAAUCGCCUUACGUCAGUCGAUAUACAUCCAGUACGUCAAUGGCACAGUCUGUUUCCGGCGAAACUAACAGGUCACCCAGGGAAACAUCAGAAAGUCGAGCGCCCUCUAGUAAUCGUCCGCAUUCCUGGGAAGAUGGUGAUACAGCGCCACCUGUAAGAGUGAGACAGACGUCGCAGUUGAACCUCGUGGAAAUCGUCUGCAGGCUUAACUUUCUAGCAAAGUACACAAAUGCUAAUGCAAACAUGCAUUUUUAA